UACAGAGGUGGACGAAAAUAUUCGAUAAAAAAUUGUCUAAAUUUUAAACUGUUACGACUUCGUAAACAUCGUACAACAAUUCAGUCUCAUUUUAAAGUGCCAAGUCUCUACUUUGACGAACCUAUGUAUUUUCUUGGAAGAUUUUUUUCACGUCACGUAGCAAAUAUGAAUUUCACUCUUGCCCUAACUUACGCAAUGGCGGUUAUCUGGUUAUUCUUUACCAAAUGUGAAACAGCCCCAGAACUCGUUACCAACGUGCGUCGAAGAUUCCGCAGUCGUCCUUUAUUACGGGGGUAUAACAUGGAAAAUUUCCUCGUUGAAGACGAUGAUAUUGUGGAUUUAAAUAAACGACAAUUUGACGAUUACGGACAUAUGAGAUUCGGGAAACGAGAACAAUUUGAAGAUUAUGGUCAUAUGCGAUUUGGCAGGAAUCAUGAA